CCGAGCAUGGAGCGGGAGAAGCUGCCGCGGCGGCCCGGGCUCUCCCUGCGGCUGGACGAGGCCGAGGGGGAGGCGCCGGGCCCGGGGGGCUGGCAGGCGGGCGGCCGGCUGCGGCCUUCCUCCUACCGGGCGCUGCGCAGCGCAGUCUCCACUCUGGCGCGCCUCGACGACUUCUACUGCGAGAAGAUCGGCGCCGGCUUCUUCUCCGAGGUCUUCAAGGUGAGGCACCGCCAGUCAGGGCAGGUCCUGGUGCUGAAGAUGAACAAGCUGACCAGCAACCGAGGGAACAUGUUGCGCGAGGUGCAGCUGAUGAACCGGCUCUGCCACCCCAACAUCCUCCGGUUCAUGGGGGUCUGCGUCCACCAGGGCCAGCUGCAUGCGCUGACAGAGUACAUCAAUGGGGGGAACCUGGAGCAGCUGCUCGACAGCCCCACCCUGCUCCCCUGGCCCGUCCGCCUCAAGCUGGCCCUGGACAUCGCCCGGGGGCUCUGCUACCUGCACAGCAAGGGCAUCUUCCACCGGGACCUGACCUCCAAGGUGGGGAGGGGGGCUGUGCUGCGCUCUCCCCCCCCUUGCAGUGAGGGCGGUGAGAAGGAGCCCCUGGCUGUGGUGGGCUCCCCCUACUGGAUGGCCCCCGAGGUCCUGCGUGGGGAGCUGUACAACGAGAAGGCGGACGUCUUUGCCUACGGCAUCAUCCUCUGUGAGACCAUCGCGCGGGUGCCGGCCGACCCCGACUACCUGCCUCGCACUGAGGACUUCGGCCUCGACGUGGCCGCCUUCUGCAACCUGGUGGGAGCCGACUGUCCGGCGGCCUUUCUCCAGCUGGCCUUCCACUGCUGCACGAUGGAGCCCACGGCCCGGCCCUCCUUCCUGGAGAUCGUCCAGCGCCUGGAGGCGAUGCUGCUGCUGACGGCCGGAGACCCCGGCCAGGCCCUGCCCAACAACGACGGCGGGACGGCCCUCCCAGGCAACUCGGCGGCAGCCGCGCUGAAGGGUCAGGCGGCCAAGCAGCUCUCCUUCCCCAACACCCCACCUGGCCUGCUUGGCCAACGGCUCUUGACCCCGGAGCAGCCCCUCUCCCGCAGCCAGUCAGAUGUGUUCCGCCCUCGGUCGCCCGCCUUGCCCCGUGCCCACGACACUCCGCAGCGCGUCAACCCCUUUUCCCAGCGCCAGGACCUCCAGGGGGGCAGGAUCAAGCUCUUCGACACCCCCAGCAAGUCCCUGAUCUCCCUGACCUUCAACCUGCCGCCCCCCUCGCCUCUUCCACCGGGCACCCCCAUCACGCCGGAGCCGGCCGUGGAGAUGCAGUGCAACUUUGCCGAGCCCGUGGCCAUCGUGCGCCGGUGUCGCUCGCUGCCGUCCUCCCCAGAGCUGCCUCGCCGGGAGCAGCUGCCCCCCAGCCCCCUCUUGGCCCUGGACCGCACCCCCCCAGAACCCCCCAGCCCCCCCGCCAGCGAGCGGAUGGACUGCAGUCCGGACAGCCCAGCAGCCCCCUUGACCAACGGCAGCUUCAUCAGCACGGCUGUGUCGGCGCCCCGGCCAUGGUCCCCCAACGGGCUGCUCCUGAACAACAACAGCAAGCCGCUCAGCUGGGGCAGGGGCUUCUCCGAGCUGAGCGUGCCCCCCAUGGUGGAGGGGCCACAGACGGAGCACCCGGGGACGGCGCUGCCCCUGAGCCCCUCCAGCAGCAGCUGCGUGCUGGAACAGGACGAGGUGCUGGCCUGCCCUGCCUGCUGCCUGGGGCCUUUCAGCUUCAGCUUCGCUUCCGUCUGCCACCGGCCGGCCACCAGCACCCCUCGCUACCAGAACCUGAACUGCGAGGCCCAGAGCCUGCAGUGCCCGGAGAGGCACCCCCAGCACUGCAAGGGCCUGGCGCCGGGCCUGGCGGAGCCCAGCCUCAAAUUGCCAGAAGCCCAGUCCUGAGGCUGGCCCUGCGGUCGAGGAGCACCCCGCCUCCGCCGGGACAUCCUGGAUGCCGAGGAGCGGCACGACACCAUUGGGCCAGACUGCUCCCAUGUUGCAGGGAGGGCUGCCCAGCCCACUGGGAGGCCGGAGGGCGCCGCCAGUCCACAGCCCGGUCUCUGGGCGACAGGGGUCUUGCUUUUGCCCACCGCUGCCUGGCCCCGUUGCAGUCGCGAGGGGCAAGCCCUGGGCUCCCCAACCUCUUGGCUGUGGGUGGGCGCAGAGAAGUAGAACGGCAGGAAGACGCAGGGCUGGGGCGAAGGGAAUUCGGGCCGGGGGGCCCGUAGGAGGCUGGCAAGGGUGGGCCCAGGUCAUUCUGCCUGCUGGGGGCCCCGGCACACCUGGGGUACAGGGCCGUGGGGUGUGUCGGAGGGAUGGGGCCGGGAGGGAGUCAAGACAAACUGCUGGCGCCCCCCCCCCCCCCCCUCCCCCGCCCCGGGCUGGGCCGGGGUGGCGGGGCCUCGGGCCCCGGCCCCCCCCUCUCUGGCACGGGGGGGGGGGGGGGGAGAGGAGAAGGCAGCUGCGUUUUUAAUAAUACUUGGAAAAUACUUGUUAAUAUAUUCAGCUUAUUUAAUGUGUUGAAAAAAAUAAAACUUGAU